CCGCGACGCCUGUUCCAGUUCGUGGCACCUCGUGCUGCCCCAUCACCCCCACUCCCAUCAAUCAAUUUGAUCGCAACAACAGCCAAUCCAUCCCAUGGAAUAAUAAAGAAACUGGCGCACCUCACUGCGUGGCCGGUGGCGACCGACGGCGACCCCUGCUGCCCUUACCGUACCCCGCUACGCUCCGGCGAGUCCGGCCGACCGCCCCCGCCACCUUUCGCCGCACGGCGUGACCGAGUGGACGGGCCCGACGGCGGGCAUCGGCCGGCGCGCGAGGGCGGGAGGGAUCGGCGAUGAGCUUCGCGGAUCUGGAGUCCGGGGCGCUGCAGGCGCCCCGGAGGGGGAGGGGCGCCGACGCCACGCGCGCGCUCGUCUUCCAGAUCACCACCGCGGUGUCCUCCUACCGCCGCCUCCUCAACUCGCUCGGCACGCCCAAGGACACGCCCGCCCUCCGUGAUCAGCUGCAGAAGACUAGUCAUAAAGUCCUGCAAUUGGCGAAGGAUGCGAAGGAGAAGCUGACGAGUGCUGCUGAAGCAGACAAGAGCACUGGAACUAGUGCAGACAAGCGGGUAGCUGACAUGAAGCUUGCCAAAGAUUUUGCUGCGACGAUGGAGGAAUUCAGGAAACUUCAGAAUCUUGCAAUUCAGAGGGAGAUGGCAUAUAAGCCGGUUGUUCCCCAGGGUGCUCAGCCAAGCUAUACUAUGAAUGAUGGAAGAUCUGAUUUUGAUAAAAUGCCUGAACAGCGCGCAUUGCUUGCAGAACCAAACAGGUUAGAGGUGUUGCAAUUGGAUAAUGAAAUUGUUUUCAAUGAGGCUAUCAUCGAGGAAAGGGACCAGGCGAUUCAAGACAUCCAACAGCAGAUUGGUGAAGUACAUGAAGCAUUUAAGGAUCUUGCUACGCUCGUGCAUGCGCAAGGAGGCGUAAUAGAGGAAGUCGACAGCAACAUUGAAAACUCUGCAGCCGCGACCAGUGAAGCGAAGAAAGAACUCGGCAAAGCGUCCAAGACUCAGAAGUCAAAUUCAUCCUUGCUUUGCCUGCUUAUGGUGAUCUUUGGGGUGGUUUUGCUUAUCGUGAUAAUAGUUUUGGCAUCUUGAGACACGAAUGCUUAGAAGCCUAUUGGUGCACCCUGAGGAGCCAUAUUACGUGCAAGAUUAAUCCUCGCUGUGCGCCGAAGACUGUCGCUAACUGAAGUGUACAUUUUCUUUUUCUCCCCUCUUUUCUCCUUGUGGUUUGUGAGUGCGUAUUCUUAUGUGGCGUGAGUCCUUUUUUUCCCACGGCUUGCCCUGAGUGAACAGUAAUUCUCUUUUUCUCCUACAAAGGUUUGUUUGCUGCUUUGCUUGAGUCAGAAACUUGACAUUCUGUAAGCAUUUCUACUGAAUAAAGCGAACAGAGAUUAUUCAUUCUCAA